CGCCGGCGCCUGGCGGACGAACCGCGGCGGCCCGACAUCCUCUUCGUGCUCGUCGACGACGUCGGCUGGAACGACGUGCCGUACCACCGCCUCGACGACAAGAAGCGCGCGGCGGACCAGUACCCCGCGUCGGACAUGCCCGAGGUCGGGAAGCUCGCCCGGGCCGGCGUGCGCCUCGAGUGGUACUACACGAACUCGAUCUGCGCGCCGUCGCGGAGCGCGAUCCAGACGGGCCGCUACCCGAUGCGCUUCGGCGCGCAGCACUCGUGCUACAGCAUGGGCCAGGGCACGCACGUGCCCGAGACCGAGGAGUUCAUGGGCGACGCCUUCCGGCGCGUCGGCUACGAGACCUGGGCCUUCGGCAAG